AUGAUUCAGAAAUCUACAAACAAGGCCGAGAUGAUCAAGGUGUUUCGAGAUUAUGGAAUUGUAAAGCAACUCAACACUAUUAUUUCAUGUAGAAAUAUACGUUUGUGUAACAGUCCUGUUCCUGAUAUUGUAAACCUACUCAAAACACUUGCUGAUUUUGCCGACAAUCACCCCGACAGUUCAAUACGUACCAAGUUGGAACAAGGCGGGAUGUUUGAAAAUCUAACGGCUAUUGUACAAUCGAAUACUGCUGACCACAGAAACAAAAGGAUUGCUGGCCAGAUCAUCGAAACGUGUUUCCAGCAUCUGGUUCAUGUUGCUAAUUCAAGCAUUUGGCCAUACGACGACAAUGCCGAAAUUGAUAUGAAAUCUGGAAUGGCCGGAGAUACACAUGGACAGGUACGCACACUUGUCGAAAUGCGGUAUAUCCAGUAUCUGCAAUCUCAGUCGACCGUAGAUCCUAAUGAUUCGGACAACUCUGUCAAACAGUCCAAACAGUCUAAUGAAUCAUCGUCAUCCUCUCAGUCUGAACAGUCUGAUGAUAAUGAUUGCUCUUUUUUUAAUAGCCAUAUUUCAAAGAACGAACAGUCUAGUCUCACACCUCGACAAAAACUGGAUAGGAUCGAAAGAAUGAUGAGAAAAAUAGGUAUGGAUAUUCCAACUGGGGCUGAAGACACACGCAAGAUAGACGCCGAGGUGAAACAAAGAGUACAAGAAACUAAAAAAAAGGGGCAUAUAAUGGCUCCAUCUGAUAGAAGGAAUCUAAUGAGACUGAAACUAGAAAGAUCAUGGAUUUGUUACAAUUUGGAACUCGAGUCGUUCAAUGAAAUGUCGAUAAACGCUGUAUCUGAGCCUACUCCAGAAACAUCCGAAUCUACUUCUAAACCUCAUGGCUCAAAACAGGGUUUUUUUAAAACCCAUCAGUCAAAAUCAAAUCGUCAAGAAAAUCAAUCCACUUUAUCAGCUUGGAAACUUAAACUCAAAAUUAAGAAACCUAAACUACCAAAACUGACAGUGUAUAGUAAAUCAAUGUUUGGAAACUAG